CGCACGUCCCUCAGACCACCCACAUACGCUACUGAGGAAAUGGCCGUGCGCUUUCUGACCAGAACGAGAAGAUAUCCUAUCGAUUUGUGCAGGUUGACACCAAGUGCGGUCACCAGGUCCGUUGUAGGCCUCUUCAGCACUGCGGCGGAACAUCGUAGUACUGGUGACGACUGUCAUGGUGACGAUGGAGAAGACGACCACAGGUACUCUUUGACACAUGUCAGGACGUUGGAGAUGAGAGCUAGAAAACUGGAAGAGCAGGUUCAUGACCUCACGGAGAGAUACAAACGAGCCCUGGCUGACUCGGACAAUGUUAGAAGAAGAACACAGAAAUUUGUUGAGGACGCCAAACAAUUUGGGAUUCAGAGUUUCUGCCGUGACAUUGUGGAGGUUGCAGACCUGAUAGAGAAGAGUGCAGAAGUUGAGGAGAGAGAUGGAGUGCAGCAGCUGACGCAAUACCUGGCACUCAUACAAGGGCGGCUGCAGGACGUCUUCAGCAAACAUGGACUGGAGAAGAUGAGCCCAGUGGGAGGCACCUAUGACCCUUAUCAGCAUGAAAUAGUCUGUCACACCCCAGCAGAGGGAGUGGAGCCCGGCUCCGUAGCUGUGGUCAAGCAAGAUGGUUACAUGCUACAUGGACGUACCAUUCGCCAUGCCCAUGUGGGUAUUGCUGUGAAGACGCAGGAGCAGUGACAGGCCCUUGGUCCUUUAUAUUUUCUUCCACUGUUAGUUUGUUCUUACAUCUCUAGACAACUACACAUUUGACUUACUCUUUGAAGUAAUGGUUAUUUAUAUAUAUUUGUAAAUGGUUUUCUAACUUGUAACCCUACACAGAUAAAUUAGGCCGUGUUGUAGUUUAGUUUUUGUUUAUGUUGAACCCAGAUUUACAGAAUGUCCAAUGCCAAUUUAAUGUCUGGAAAGAUUCAUUAUUGUUUUGUGUGUGUGUUAAAGACGGGAUAAUAAGAAUCCUGGUGUUAAAUUGACUCGGAAAAAUGCACUUUACACCCUUGUCAUGGUGGUUUCUAUAAGUGAUUAAUAGUUUCGAAGCUUGAAGGGAAAGCAGUUAUGACUUCUAUUAGAAAGUUACUAACAGUUUGUAAUGUUCUAUAUGAUUAACAGUAGUUAAUGAUGUAGGUAUCAUAUUAACAAUGAACAGUCAUGUUUACAGCAUUUAUUGAUCUUGGUUAAUGUUCAUUUAUUCAUUCUACAUCAUAUCAGUUCAUGAUUUAGUAUUUUAACGAUGAUUUAAUAUUAAUAAAUGCAGUAAGAUUGUUGUUAAGUUCAUGUUAACUAAUGUUAACAUAUAGAACAUUAUUGUAAUCUUCCCAGAAAGUUAUUGGAUGUUGAAUGUGCCAAGUAUGCUGUAGGCCAUCGUUACCCAAAAAAGAAAUGCUUGAAGUUUUCUCUUUUGGAGAGGAGAAAUGCACAUGAGAUAUGCGUCCAAAGUGAAAUUGAACAAAGUUUGGGAGAUAACGUAAACAGAAAUAUUUAUAUGUAUUUAUUUUGUUUGUAAUAUUUUGCCCUGCUAGGUUACUACUUUUGGUUACUGAGAAGAAAAACUGUAAGCUAUUUACAUUUUCGUUUAAAAUGAGGUUUUUACAGAUGUAUUCUUUGUAAAUGUUGAAAACGAUUAGUUUUGAGUGUGUGUAUGUGUGCGAGGCAGAGGUCUCCUUGACUGAAUAAAAUCCAGAUAUUAUUUUGUUUGAGAAAAGAUUGUUCAUUCCGUGUACUAGUGUAUGUGUGCGAGGCAGAGGUCUCCUUGACUGAAUAAAAUCUAGGCAUUA